UGAGAUCCGAUACCUCAUCUAAAACGGAUAGAAGCGGGAGCCCAACCCCUCUCUCUCUCUCUCUCUCUUUCUCUCUCUAAUGGCGACUCCUUGUGUGACAACACCGUCCUCCAUUUUCUCAACCUCAACACCAUCUUCAACUCCAAAAACCCAAUUAGCUUCUUCCCUCAAAACCCAUAUCAAUCUCAGGCAAUUACCCACUAUCAGUAUCAUCAGAAGAAGAGAAUUCUUCAAAGGAAUGUCUCUACUCCCAUUGAUUUCAUUCACAGACCAACUUGUUCUUCCUCCUCCUCCUUCACAAGCUCGAGAGGUCGAAGUAGGCUCCUACCUCCCGCCCUCCCCUUCAGACCCUUCUUUCGUCUUCUUCAAAGCCUCUCCCAAAGACACUCCCGCUCUUCGCGCAGGAAAUGUGCAGCCUUACCAGUUCAUCAUUCCCCCAACUUGGAAACAGACUCGAGUGGCCAACAUACUGUCUGGCAAUUACUGCCAACCCAAGUGUGCAGAGCCUUGGGUGGAAGUAAAAUUUGAAGAUGAAAGCCAGGGAAAAAUUCAGGUGGUGGCUUCUCCUUUGAUACGUUUGACUAACAAACCCAAUGCAACAAUUGAAGAGAUUGGGACUCCUGAGAAGCUCAUUGCUUCUCUUGGUCCUUUUGUCACCGGGAACACAUUAGACCCAGAUGAACUCCUUGAAACUUCAGUUGAGAAGCUUGGUGAUCAAACGUAUUACAAAUAUGUUCUUGAGACUCCGUUUGCUCUGACGGGUGCACACAAUUUGGCAAAGGCAACUGCAAAGGGAAAUACUGUUGUUUUAUUUGUGGUAAGCGCAAGUGACAAGCAGUGGCAGUCGUCCCAGAAAACUCUAAAAGCCAUGCUUGAUUCUUUCCAAGUGUAGUUUUUUCUGUCAAAUUAAAGAGGUCAAGGUUAGUAUUCAUUUCAUUUAUUUUAUGUUAUUUUGUUUGAUUUUUGCAUGUUCUACAAGAUAAUUGAGCUAGAACAUCGUCUUGACUAGCAAAAUAUUGUAUCAGUUAUUAUGUCUGCAAGGUCCAGAAAUUUUGGAGGAAAAUGCAGAAAUGGGACAAAGAUGGAUACACCUACCAUCUCCAUGAUUGUAAUUAUUCCACCUAGGGCUCCUAUGGAUGAUUUAAAGACAAAAUAGUUAUCAUUUUAGUUGUUUA